GCAUUCCAAGAUAUGUCUCUGUCUAGUUUUCUUCAUUUUCCUUCUUCCUUUGGCUUCAGCUGAUUGCAUCGAUCUCGAUCUUGGAAUGAACAGUGGGGCCAUUCCUGACAAGAAAAUAGUUGCUUCGACUGAACAAAGUUCUAGUACACCGGCCAAGAAUGGUCGACUGAACUACACAUCAGGAUCAUCAUGGUGUGCAGGAACAAGUGACACUAACCCAUAUCUACAGAUUGAUCUGCAAAAACGUCACAUCAUCUGUGCUAUGUCAACUCAAGGAAAUUCUCAAGCAAAUCAGUGGGUGAAAAAAUAUACACUUCAAUACUCCAAUGAUAGGACAACUUGGAUCGAUUACAAGGAAGGUGGUGAAAUUAAGAUCUUUCAGGGAAAUAGUGACAGAUCCUCCGAGGUAAAACAUGUUCUUUAUGAAAGUGUCGGAGCACGCUACCUGCGAAUCUUGCCAAAUGCAUACCAUGAUGCUGUAUGUAUGAGAAUGGAGGUGUUCGGUGUCAAGCAAAAACCAGGUUAUUAAUUCAUCAGUUAUCUCUUUCUAUAUACAUAGCCGAAUUCUUAAAAGAUCCUUUUCAAAGUGCAUGAACAACUUCACACGCAAAAUAAA